CGGCCUGUCCCGGCCCUCUCCGCUGUCCCCGCGGAAACAGCAGGCGGCCUGAUUUUUCUCCUUCCCCCGCCCGCAAGGCGGCUUUGGCCAACUGCCCCCCGCCUGGUGCUAGGCAGGCGCCCUUCGAAGCGCCUCGCGGGCAGCGCGCGGCCCACAGGUUUCAGGGCUGGCUCGCGCUUCCCGCCUUUUUCGCCUCCCUCGGGCUCGCGCGGCCGUUGACCGCCGCGCUCAGGGGUGGGGCGCGGUCCCUGUCCUUGGAGAGCCUGGUUCUCCCGCUGCUGGGCCUGGGGAAAUGGAAAAAGAAAAGCCCUUUACACUGUUCGUGCCGCCCAGGCUGAGCAGCAGCCAAGUGUCUGCUGUUAAGCCUCAGGCGAGCGCCAGGGGCGCUGGAGCCUGUCAGGUUUUUAACAAGUGCACAGAAGAUUAUUUUAGUUUGCCUUUUGUAAUGACAAGUACACCAAACCAUGGUGAAGUCACAGAUUCAGAUCCUGUUUCACAGAAAAUAAAUUUUUUGCCUGGAGUAGAAGAAGAGAAUAUAGAGACAAUGCAUGAGCUUUAUUCAAAACUCUACAAAGAGGCUGAAAAGAUCAAGAGGUGGAAAGUGACAGUAGAAUCUGAACUGAAGCAGAAGGAGAGAAAAUUGCAAGAAAAUAAAAAGAUUAUUGAAGCACAGCGUAAAGCUAUUCAAGAGUUACAGUUUGAAAAUGAAAAACUAAGUUUGAAAUUGGAAGAUGAGAUAUGUGAAAAUAAAGAUCUUCUACAAGAAAACAGUGCAACAAGACGUUUGUGUAAUCUGCUCAAGGAAACCUGUGCUCGAUCCACAGAGAAGUCCAACAAAUAUGAACAUGAAAGAGAAGAAACCAGACAUCUAUAUAUGGCACUUAAUAAUAAUAUUGAGAGAAUGAUACUGGCUUUUGAGGAACUUCAUGUGCAAGCAGAGAACUCCAGAUUGGAAAUGUGUUUUAAAUUAAAAGAAGCAGCAGAAAAAGUAGAACAGCUUGAAAAAGAAUACAAAAUGGAAACAAAUAUCAAGGAAAAGCAGCUAUCAGUUCUGACUGUACAAAGUGAUGAAAAAGACAAUAAAAUGAGAGACAUCACAGUUCAGUUGCAGGAGUCAAGGGAUAAGAUUAUUGAUUUAGAAGAAGCAACAAAACAACAAAAAGAAAUGUUAAAAGAAUCACAGAGCAAACAGGAACAUUUGAUGGGAGAACUGGAAGAAGCUAAAGUUUUGCUGCAAAAAACAGAGACUGCUCAGAAGAGUUUAGAAAACGAAUUACGGACUGCAAUGAAAACCUUAAUUGAAGUCACUGUAGAAAAAGAAGCACAAAUGGAAGAACUUAAAGAAACUAGGGCUUUGCAUGCAUCAGUGGUUGAAGAAUUUGAAAUUGCUGUUUCUAAUUUGAAAGAGUUGCUGAAAAGAGAACAAAAUAGAUUGAAGAAACUUGAAGAAGAGUCAGAAAUACUUGCCUCAGAGCUCCAAAAUAAAUCUGUUGAACUGGAAGAGAUGUCCAAACUAAAAAGUGACAAAGAAACACAACUUGAAGAUCUGACAGAAGCCUUGGAGAGGUCAGUAAAACUUCAAAAAGAUUUGGAGCAGCAGUUAGUGUGUGAACAAUCAGAAAAAACGAUAUUAAUAAAAGAGAGAGAAAUUAGGGACGCUGACCACUUAGAGUUUAAGGAACAAGUUCAAGGACUUUUAUCUGAAAAGAAACUUCUUGAGAUCACUAUUGCGAAAUUACAAAAGAGAGAAAAAGAGAUGAAGGAUAGUCUUCAAAUCAGAGAGAAAGAAGUCCGUGAUUUGGAAGUACGGUUAACUGGUGCAGUUGAAAAUGAACAAAAUUGUUUAAAACAGAUUACAGUACUGAAUGCAGAGCUUGAACAAGAGAUGAUACAGAAUGAGGAACUAAAUAUGAAUUGCAGUAAACUUUUAUUAGAAAAAGAACAAAUAUCUCAAAAGAAAAGCGAUACUGUCACUGAGCUCAAGAAACUACAAGAAGUUCAUAAGGAUAACAGAAAGAAAGAAGAAAAGACUAAGAAGCUAAUAGAAAACCUUGAAGAAACAAACUGCCAGCUAAGAAAUGACUUGGAGUCUCUGAAGGAGAAGAUGAAAAAGAAAGAUGAAGAAGCUAAAACUAAACUGGAUGAAAGUGAAGAAAAUACUAGAAACAUUGGAAGUGAAAUUUCAAGAAAGGAAAAGCAACUGAAGAUGCUAGAAAAUAAGUUUAACAAUUUAAAGAAACAGAUUGAAAAUAAAACCAAAUACAACGAAGAACUGCAGCAAGAGAGUUUUCCCCUAUCUCACCCUACACUGGGGCAGAGUUGUCUCCUUGUAGAAGAGCCAUCCAGAAACUUGGGCCGUCUGCUUGGAGCCUCUGUAUCACUGCAUCAGAAUAAAGUGUUGAAAAAAAAUAUUGCAGCAGAAAGCAAGCAAUCCAGUAUUUAUGAAGAGAAGGUGAAUAAAUUACAACUAGAGCUCGAAAAUGUAAGUAGGCAACAUAAAGAAACAGUUGACAGCUACCAAAAAGAAAUCGAGGCAAAAAACAUAACUGAAGAAAAACUUAUUGAAAAGGUAGAAAAGAUGAGGUUAAUAGCUGAUGAAGCAGUAAUAUUGCAGAAAGAAAUUGAUAUUCGAUGUCAGCACAAGAUAGCUGAAAUGGUAGCACUUAUGGAAAAACACAAGCAUCAAUAUGAUAAAAUGGUUGAAGAAAAAGAUACAGAAUUAGAACUCUGUAAGACGAAAGAACAAGAACAAAUGUCAGUAAAACAAUCCUUGGAAACUGAGCUAUCUCAUGUAAAAAGUGAACUGUUAUCCCUUAAGGAGCAGGUUAAAAUAGAGAUUAAAGAGAAGGAAAAGCUUACAAGAGAAGCAAAAGAAAAUGCAGUUUCUGAAAAAGAAAAAAAGCAUAAGAUAUAUACUGUGAAGACUCCUCCAAAAUAUAAAUUGCAAAGAGAAAGCAUGAAUCCACUUUCAGAAGAAGACAUGAAGAAAAAAAGAAAAGUACUUUUAGAGCUGGAUACGCACUCAGAUAGCUCAGAACACAAUGACCUCCUGAGCAUAGUCUCAGAAGAAGAAAUGUUUAAAAAGCUGUACAAAAAUUGUCCUCAAGCUUCUCACUUAUGUGUUAUGACACCAAAAAAGAUACCAACUCUGUCAACCAUAAAGUCUCCUGGUGCUGCACUGAAACUUACAGCUAUGAGAAAGAUGCGAGAGACUGGAUGGACUGCAGUUUCUAAAAUGGACAGGAAAAAAAAAAUGAAAGAAGCUGAAAAACUCUUUGCCUAAAAUUAAACCUGAGCAAUCAGUUAUGAAUUUUCUGUUCAUGUAAAAUCUUUUACAGUAGAAUGUAUUAAUCCUACACAGUUAACACUUGUAGCAUAUUACUGGUUUAGGGCUAAAUCCUGGAAGUGCUAUGUUUGUGGAACUCCUGUUGAUUUCAUUGUGGUUCCUUUGUUCCACCACAGCCUCCUCCUCUGGAGGACUUUUCACAUUGAGUUUACACCAUCAUAAAACAUAAACCUGGGAAUAAAUUUCGCCCAUUUAGGUUUUGAAAAUUGAUAGGUAAAAAUAAUGUAUGGUGUGUUAAAAUGGAAAAAUAUGUUGCAAAAUUGUUUGAAGUCAUUUAAAUAACUUCAGUUUUUGUUCUUUUGAAGUUUACUUUCACUUUUGCAGUAUCUUAUCCAUAAGAGUAUUGUUUUAUUAUUAUUGAGAUUGUUGAACUACAUUCACUUAAUUGAGUACUUAUAUUUGAAUUUACUUCUUCUUUGUUCUUUUGAUGUGUUCUUUACAAAUAUUCUUUUAAAGUAGUUGGUUGAGGCAGUAGCCUGUUUUUCAGUUUGUAACAGUAUUGAAACAUUUAAGUGUUGAACUUCUAACAAUAUUGAUUUAAAUCUUAUUUCUUUUGCUUUUCAGGAAUCUAGUUUUAUAAUAAAUGCUAUAUGCA